AUGCUGACCGCAAUCCACAGCCUAUGCCUACUAGUAUGGCUUAGGCGACGUACAGCUCCCAAGGUGUCGAGUGGCCCUAGGAGCCAAGCUGCGACCCUGUUCUAUAGGUCACAGUUGCACUGCGACGAUGGUAAAAAAGGUCCGAAGGGAUGUUGUGAAUUGUUUGGACCUAAUGUGGACUUUUUGGUACAUUUUCUAGACCGCAUUCAUCCCCUAAAAUGGCUAUUUCGCGAUUUCAGCCCAGUAUUUAGGGAAUGGUUGCAAAAUUCGUCCUCCUGCCAAUUUGGCUAUCUUUCCUCUCAGAUAGACCUAAUUUACGAAGUCGAUCUCAACAAUUUCAAGAAAACGACUGAUGUCUCGACAGUUUUGGGAAAAACUUUAUUCGGAAGAUACAAAAGAUCACUUUCCGAUCCCUUUGAACCAAUCGGCAACUUUCGUGAGUACUCCUUUAUCUUCCGCGUCCUUUUCGACUUUUUCUGCAUCUGUCUUCACAUCUGUCUUCACAACUUCCACAUCUGA